UCUGGCAGCUUCGGACCAAGACUUACUGAUAUAAUGAUGCAUUCGUCGUCCACUUUCUCGCAUUUUGAAUUGAAAGAAAAGAAAACAGUCAAGAUCGUGUCUUCAAUUCAUUUUUCCCCUUUGGGAAAUGAGAGCGAUUAUGUCUUUGUCCGGCCCCCUGGAGAUAACUCGGAGCGCAAUUGCGCAGAUCGCUGCUCCACCCGUUUCCAGGGAGAUGGAACUAAAUAUUUGAUGGUGUGUCCAUUCGAUUCACCGUCCACUGUUCCGCACUCAUUCUUGCAGCGAGGAGCACACUUCAAUGUUAGACGUCCCAUGGACGUUUCAUGUCUCUUCCAGCGUCGUCUCUCCUACAGCAGAUCGGAACUGUGUAUGAUACUAUAUUUUUCAGAACAACCCGUGUUAUUGGAGGUUUUACUGUGAAAUCCAACAUGAAGAAGACUUAAUCAACAAAGAUUAUAUUCCUGACCAUGGCCAGUGAAGAGGAUUUGCAGAGCAGUCCCUCAGAUCAUUCCCCGAGAAGACAAAUCCAAAGCUGUACUUCCAGUAGCAGCAAUUCCAAUAACAAGACAAGCAAAGGCACCAAGAGCAGCAGUUCUCAAAGAAACAGCGAACACACGGAAUACUCGGAGGACUUUGAUGAUCGCAGCAGCAGUGCUGAGUCAUUUCAAGGAGAAGAUGAGAAAAGAAAACUGCAGGAGACAAUGAAUGAAACAGUUGAGAAAAACAACAACAUGAGCUUUCAGAAAACAGUACAAACUAAACCAAGGUUUAAAGUGCUGCAAAAUUGGAACCAGUCUACAUUGAAGAAUAAAUCACAAAAAAUUACUAAAAUGAACACCGGGGAGCUGGGUAAUGAUUCAGUUACCCGCCACAUCCUGUCAGCCAGACUGAACAAAACAAAGGAGUUGAAGAAUGAGGUGUAUGACCUCCAGAGAGAGCUGAAAAAUGCCAGGUUGGAGAACAAGCUGCUCAGAAGGCUUCAGUACCGCCACAUGAAGGCCCUGGUGAAGUUUGAGAACGAGCAGAACAAUUUGCCCCAGUUAUUAACCAGGCACACAAACGAGGUACAAAUGUUGAAGGAGAUGCUGCGGAGGUCAAAGGAGCAGGACCGGUACGUGUCGAAGCAACUAAAAGAGGCAGAGUCGGAGCUGUGGAAAACAAAGAACACGCUACAGAAGCUAAAGACUAUCUGUCAAGAGAAGGACUUGGAAGAGCGGGACGAGCUGACCUGUAAACUGACUGAGCUGACAAAGAAACUUGAGGCUGAUGAACAUAAGAUCCAGGACUUGGAGAGAAUUCUGGAGUUAAAAGGUAAAAGUUUCAAUCAUCAGCUGGCAGCAGAACACAGAAAGACACGGGAGGCACUUGAUCAGAUAAAGAAGCUCGAAAUGGAACAACGCACUCUGAACCAAACGCUGACGGAGAAAGAAAGGCUCUUGGAAGCUCGGAAUAUCUAUGCUAAUCGGAUCACGAAGAAUAACUCAUCAUCACCAAGACAUAAAGCAAACAUGGCCAAAGCAAUACAGACUGAAGAACAUAUUUCUCCCAUCAAUUCCUUUUCUCCACACAAUGUCCUUCCAAACUUAGAGAAGAAGACCAUCCACAGUGAGAGGGAGGUUCUGAGAGACGUCGACGAUGAAGACAAAGGAUCAAUUAUACAAUUCAUAAAGCACGACAAUGAAACAGAAUCUGAGGUAGUGAAAUUAAGAAAAGAAUAUGAGCAGGCAGAGAAGAGAUGGAAAGAGAUGGUCGAGAAAGAUAUCUUGGAAAACCUGGAAAAGGAAAAAAGGGAAAAGCAGGAGAGAGAGCGAGCUGCCCAAAUUUUGAAGGAAGCCUUUGAGAGUAAAGAAUCAGGGGAACAGGAGGAGACCAUGUCGAUGAAGGAAGGAGAACAGCAAAAUGCUGAGAAAGCCAGAGAUGAAUCACCGCUAGAUGAUAUAAUCAAGGAAAUAGAUGAGGCCUUUCCAUUGUCUGACAACUCCAGUAGAGCUCCUUCUUGGCUCAGAAGACGUUACAGGUUCACAGAGCAAACCGAAAAUCUCCACAAAGGGCUUCCUGUCUGCAAGCUAUCAUGCGUGACCCAAAAUAACAGCAAAAGACGACAAGAAAGGCCAGAAAAUGAGGAGUUGAUGGAUCUGGGCUCUUCAUUCAGGAGUUACGAGCCGUCCUUUGGGAAGUUUUGCACCCGGGUGAAUGAACUGAGGCAACACGUAGGGGAUGGACAAAGUUCAAAACCUGAGAACUGUUUUCCAUCACUUUCAAGGAACGACAAGAAAAGCAGCCUCAUGGAAACAUUAUUUCAAUCAGGCGACUCUUUAGAAAGUGAAACCUCUAAGGACAGUGAAGCUAAAGCCUCUGAGAAACUAAAGCAACUACAAAGAAAUAAACAGUCAAGUCGAAUUCAGGUUACCAAUCAAAACAGAUUGAAUCUUCUGGAUCCUGACUUGCUGCCUGUAAGGAUGUUGGAAUCAUCCACAGAUGAAAGUGAUAAGCUUGCUAUACAGUCAUUAAAUAAAUAAAAGUAAAACUUCUGUUUGCUAAUUUCUAUUAAAUUUAAGGUUGUUGAAGUUCAGAUCACUUAAUUUUUUUAAUUUUCCCCAGCAAACAACAGUUGUCAUUUACCAUUACAUGGUUAAUAACACAAGACAUUAAAAAAAGAUUAAAAUAAUAAAAAAGAGCAUAAAAAGAGAUAAAAAAGAUAAAAAGAAAAAAGAUUCAGAUGAUUAAAAAAGAACAUUAUUGAUAUCUAAAUAUCAAUAAUGUUAAAGAUAGUGAUAAGGAAAAGGGAGGAAGAGAUGUGUUACUGAUAAAGGAGAACAAUGCAUUGUUGGAGAGAGAUGUCUCAGAAAAAUCUAUCCAAUUAGUUAGGAAAUAUAGAGUUAAGAAAUAACAGAAAUGAGUUUACCCUAGAGGUCAUGGGUUAAGGGGGAAAUGUGAAAAUUUUAAGGGGAACAUGGGGGGGGGGGGAAACUUCUUCAUUCGGAGGGUCAUGAGGGUGAGGGAUGAGCUGCCAGUGCAAGUGGUGCAUACGAGGUCAAUUUCAACGUUUAAGUGAAGUUUGGAUAGGUAUGUGAACGGUAAGGGUAUGGAAGGCUGUGGUCCUGGCGCAGGUGGAUGGAAAUAAGUAGUUUAAAUGGGUCUAGGACUAGAGUGGUAGAAUGGCCCAUUUCUGGGCUUUGAUUUCUGUCACUUUAUGACUCCCAGGUUCAGUAUAUAGUCCAUGAACUAGGAAGGAGAAAUACUGGGAGCAAAUUUGCAGGGAAAUUACUGACAGGAACAUAAGCAAUAGAAGAAUAAGGGAAUAUUUUUUACCCAAACACAGACAAUUACAAAAGAAACAAAAAUGGAGGGGAGUUCCUAAAUUUCUAAAUUCCUGAACAGAUCCUCUUAAGUCUGUUCAUUUCUGGUUCUACAAGGAAGGCAGCAUAAUUCUGUAAAAUGAAACAGAUCAUUUGGAGAAAGCAUCAUUGGACAAACAUUUAAGAGAUAGCUACCUGUAUACAAAACCUAAUGAUAUAAUGAUUGCUGUGGAAAAGGUUAUUGACUAGUCUGCAAACAAGAGAAAAUCUGCAGAUGUUGGAAAUCCGAGCAUCACACACAAACUGCUGGAGGAACUCAGCAGGCCCGGCAGCAUCUAUAGAAAAAAGUAUCUACCUCGCCUCAUCUCACCAAUCAACUUCCCAGCAAUUUACAUCAUCCCUCUCCCAACCUUUUAAAUCUACUCCUCAGCUUUAUUCUCCAAUUCUGCCAAAGGGUUUCAGCCCAAAACGUCAACUGUACUUCUUUCCGUAGAUGUUGCCUGGCCUGCUGAGUUCCUCCAGCAUUUUGUGUGUGUUGACCACUCAGCAAUAAAAUUAGAGAAUUGCCGAAUAACUGUUUUCAGUGGGACGGAUAGAGACCUGGCCUGAGUAGACUGGUGUUCUGUUGUUUUCAUUGCUGUAGGGUUAAGGUUGUGAAGGUCUGUUCAAAAACCCGAUGGUUGUAGGAAAGUAGCUGUGCUUGAACCUGGUCGUAUGGGACAUCAGUAGAAGCAAAAAGAUGGCAUGAUCUGGAUGGUGAGAAUGCUUGAUGAUCGAUGCCACCUUCCUGACACAGUUCCUCCUGUAGAUGCUGUCACUGGGGUAAGGGCUGUGCUUGUGGUGGACCAGACAACGUCCAUUACCCUCUGCAGUUCCGGUUUAAGAUGGUGUUGCUGAGAGCAAGUGACAUCUU